AUGGCGUCCCACUUCAGCAGUGUUUUGAGGUUGACUGACCUGGAUGAUUUCAUCACACCGUCUCAGGAAUGUGUCAAACCUGUUAAAGUCGAAAAGAAGCAAGGGAAGUCCGUGGCCAGAAUACAAAUAGAAGACGAUGGCAGUUACAUCCAGGUCAAUCAGGAUGGUGUGAAACAGAAACUAGAGAAAGCCAAGAUCACUCUGAAUGAUUGUCUGGCCUGCAGUGGUUGCAUUACUUCAGCUGAAAGUGUCCUUAUUACACAGCAAAGCCAUGAGGAGCUUUUCAAGGUGCUGCACAACAAUAAGACCAAUGAUAAAGAGCAGAAGGUGGUUGUAGUGUCAGUCUCACCUCAGUCAAGGGCAUCACUCGCUGCACACUAUGACCUCAGCAGUAGCGAGACAGGCAAAAGACUCACAAGUUUUCUAAAAAGCCUCGGUGUACACCAUGUGUUUGACACAAACUUUAGUCGGACGUUUAGCCUUUUAGAAACACAGAAAGAGUUUGUGGAGCGCUUCCAAAAAAAAGAACAAGAUUGUAAAGCUCUUCCUUUGCUGACAUCUGCCUGUCCAGGAUGGAUUUGUUAUGCAGAAAAGACUCAUGGAGAAGAUAUUCUGCCUUACAUAAGCUCUACUCGUUCACCUCAGCAGAUGAUGGGAUCACUUGUUAAAUGUUAUUUUGCUGAACAACAGGGGCUGAGCCCUCAGCAGAUUUACCAUGUGACAGUAAUGCCAUGCUUUGACAAGAAACUUGAGGCAUCGAGGUCAGAUUUCUACCUGACAAAUGAUGAGACCCGUGAAGUUGAUUGUGUCAUUACUUCAGGUGAAGUCCUAAAAAUGCUAGAAGCGGAAAAUGUAAGUUUGAAGGAUGUGACACCAGUGCCACUUGAUACACUGUUCAGUAAUGUGAGUGGAGAUGAGUACUUGAGUCAUGCAGGUAGCAGCUCUGGUGGAUACCUCCAUCAUGUGUUUAUUUAUGCUGCUAAACAGUUGUUUGGAGAAGAGAUUAAGGAGCUCACAUACAAGACCAUGAGAAACAAAGACUUUCAGGAAGUAACUCUGGAAAGAGACGGUGUUGUCCUGUUGUCGUUUGCAGCUGCUUAUGGAUUCCGUAAUAUUCAAAAUCUUGUACAAAAACAGAAAAGAGGAAAAUCACCCUAUCAUUUUGUGGAAGUCAUGGCCUGUCCCUCAGGUUGCAUCAAUGGAGGUGGACAAGUGAAACCGGAAUCGGGGCAAACCCCAAAAGAGCUUCUCCAAAAAGUGGAAGAUCUGUAUAAAGCAGACCUUCCAGUUGUGCCAGAAGAGGACGUGCGUGUGUUUGAACUUUAUGAGACGUGGCUGCAGAGUGUGGGCAGUGACCGAGCCAGAGAGCUGCUGCACACACAGUACCACACAGUGGAGAAGAUGACCAAUGGACUCACAAUGAAGUGGUGA